CAAAAUUUAAGAAUUUAUGCUAAAUUAUGAAUUACAGAACGUUAACCUAGAGACUUUUAUUAUACGACAUCUUUCACGUGGCUUCAACAAACCUUAAAUGUUUUUGAAUAUAUAUUUAAUAAGAUUAAAUUUGUAUCAUGUACUAAAUAUUAAUAAUAAUAAUAAAUAUUAUUUAAUUAGACUAUUAGAAUAUUAAAUAUUUUAUGUACUAUAAUUUAUAAACAAAAUGACGAUUAAGAAAACUAAAGUAGCUACUAAAGGAGCAAAACAGAUAGUCGAAGAGAAUAAAACAACAUUGAAUUUUUAUCAGAAUAUGAUCAUUGGGGCAGUAGGAAUAUACUUUAUGAUUACAAUGUUAUUUUUUAAUUUUACAACAUUAGCAACAACAUUAACUAUAUUUUCUGGAAUUGUAUAUGUAGGAAGUUAUCAAUUUAUGAAAUAUAUAGCACAUGCAACAUAUUCAGAAUCUGGUCAACUUUUAGAUUCUGGAAUUGAUCUUAAUAUGGAAGGAGGUAUAGCAGAACAUAUAAAAGAUUUAAUUAUAUUAACUUCUGGAGUACAAGUACUUUCUCUCAUAUCAAAUUAUUUUUGGUUGCUAUGGCUUCUUGUACCAUUAAGAGGAGGUUGGAUGCUAUGGAAACAAAUAUUAGCUCCAUGGUUUUUUGCUCCAGCUUCAGAACAACCUGAGGUUAGUGAGAAGAAACAACGGAAGUUGGAAAAGAAGAUGGCUAGACGACAUUAACGGUUUAAUUAAAAAUAAACAUGCAAUUCGAAUAAAUGAAUUUCAUGGAUGUGAGAUAGAUUUGAGUAAAAUUGUGAAACAAAUUUCUUAUUAUUUAAUUUUUGUCUUAACUAGUAUUGUUCAUACAAUUUUUGUAUGCUUAUGAAAAAUGCAUUAUUUUUAUAUUUUUUUAUAUAUUUAUAAAUUUUUACAGAUAAAAUUAUAAAAUCAA